AUGGAACAUAAUGGGUCUGCUUCAAAUGCUGAUAAAAUUCACCAGAAUCGCCUGUCAAGUGUUACAGAAGAUGAAGACCAAGAUGCUGCUCUUACCAUUGUGACUGUGCUGGAUAAAGUAGCUUCCGUUGUGGACAGUGUGCAGGCAAGCCAGAAGAGAAUAGAAGAGAGACACAGGGAAAUGGAAAAUGCAGUAAAAUCCGUCCAGAUUGACUUACUGAAGCUUUCACAGUCACAUAGCAAUACAGGCUAUAUCAUUAACAAGUUGUUUGAGAAAACCCGAAAAGUCAGUGCUCACAUUAAAGAUGUGAAGGCCCGGGUGGAGAAGCAACAAAUUCAUGUUAAAAAAGUUGAAACCAAACAAGAGGAAAUAAUGAAGAAAAACAAAUUCCGCGUGGUAAUAUUCCAGGAGGAGAUUCAGUGUCCAACAUCCCUGUCUAUUGUUAAAGACAGAAACCCACCUGAGAGUCAGGAGGAGGAGGACGACGUCCUUGAUCCUCCAGUAGAUCUUUCUUCGGAUGAAGAAUAUUAUGUUGAAGAAAGCAGAUCUGCCAGACUUAAAAAGUCGGGCAAGGAGCGCAUUGACAAUAUCAAAAAGGCAUUUUCUAAAGAAAACAUGCAGAAGACACGGCAGAAUUUGGACAAGAAAGUGAACAGAAUUAGAACUAGAAUAGUGACCCCGGAGAGGAGAGAGAGGCUGAGACAGUCAGGAGAAAGGCUGAGGCAGUCAGGAGAAAGGCUGAAGCAGUCAGGAGAAAGGUUUAAGAAGUCUAUUUCUAAUGCAGCUCCCUCAAAGGAAGCUUUUAAGAUGCGUAGCCUUAGGAAAGCUAAGGACCGAACUGUGGCAGAAGGUCAGGAAGGUGACAGGGAGACCGGUGUGGACAUCAUUGCCAGGAGUGAGUCUCUGGGCCCCAUCAGUGAGCUCUAUGAGCUCAGUGACACAGAAGUUGAGGUGGCCAGGGUGGCCUACCCUCCCCAGGAAAGAGGGGAAAUCCCCACUCCUGAGCCUUUAAAAGUUACUUUCAAACCUCAGGUGAAAGUAGAGGAUGAUGAAUCACUUUUGUUAGAUUUAAAGCAGUCAUCCUAAAGAGGAAUUAAGUAUAUUGUAGGUAUAAAUCUUAAAUCAUGCAGUUCUAGUUCGAAUAGUGUAGUUAUUUACAUUUAUAUACCAUAUAGGAAAACAUAAAUGCUAUGGCUGUUUCAUGUCUUAUGUUUAAAAUCAUAAGGAUAAUAUUGUAUCCAUUUCCUUGUAACUUCCUUAGGAAUUUUUUUCCCCUGAGCAUAUAUGAUUCUAGUAGCUUUUUCUCUUACGUCACUCUCAUGGCAGCUGUAGAUUUUUAAGUUCCUUUCUCUUGUCCACCAGAAAAAUAGUUUCCUAGCUCUGGCCAGUUAGAUGUUUGGUCAUUCAAAACAAUUGAAGGGAAAUUUAUGGCCAUUACUUGUAAGGGAACUCUAAAUUUUGGUCUAGAUUAAUGUUGUGGCCAACCUCAAAGGGGCAUAACUAAUGUGUGGAUUAUGUCAUCCAGAUGUUCAACAGAUUUGUUAGUAAAUUAGCAAUCAUGUGCCUUGUCAGUGCUUUUGCAUAAGAAAAUUGCAAGUUCUGGCCUUGAGCAUCUGGCUCUAGCAUCACAGCUUUACUUAUAGCAAAAUAGAUUUACUUGGCAAUCAUCUGCUUUUUCCCAUCUAUAAAAAUGGAGAGGGUUAACCUGUCCUGCCAAUCUCAGAGGACUGCUGUGAAGAUCAAAGGAAACGUUAUACAUUGUAGGGAAACCAGAAGCACAUCCAGAGGAAACAAGCCCCACGGUUUCCUCAAAAACAGAAUCGAAAUAAUUACACCUUCUGAAAAAGC